AGCCUCUUGGGGCUGGAGCCAGGGCUCGGCGCCCACGCUCCCGGGGCAGGCCGCGCGCCGCCUCGUCGUCCUCGUCGCCGGCCUCCCCGAUCUCCGGCGGAGCGAGGGUCCCCCAGGAGAGAGGAGGGGAGACAGAAUAGCGAGGGAGAAGCGACGAGGAGACCCCCCUCCCCCUUCGCCCGAACCCGUUCAUGGCCAUGGCGGCGCCCUCGGCAGAGGCCCCGCGGGGCAGGAAGCGCGGCGCCGAGGGCCCGCCCGCCCUGCCGCACGAGGAGGUGCAGGACCAGGCCAGGGCCUGGACCGAGGUCUUCACCCUCUUCCAGCAGAGCGGGCGCGACGACCGCGGUGCCGCCUUCGCGAUGAGCAUGGGCGCCCUGCGCCGCCGGGGAGAGGAGAUCGAUUCCAUCGACAGGCAGAUCGAGGCCCUGCGCUUCGCGGCGGGGCGCCUGCAGCAGCACGCGCGGUGCGAGGCGGCGGGCCCGGGCGGCGCGCCCAGCGUGACGCCGCAGGCGCAGGCCUGGGGCAGAGCACUGGCGGGCUCGCUGGGCGAGAAGGUUCGGCAGGUAGCCGCCGCGGAGGCGGCAGAGGAGCCGCCGUGGCGCGCCGCCGUGCUGGCCGACGAGGCGCACGCGGAGGCGCUGCGCCUGCUGGCCGGCAAGCGGGGGGCGGAGGGCGAGGCAGACGCCCAGGCCGGGGCGGAGUCCGACGCCGUGGUGCGGGAGAGGGAGGAUCGCUGGAUCGGGCCCAGCGCGACGUGUUGCGCUCCCGCGGCCUCAACGCCCGCCGCCUGCCGCUUCGGCCAGGGCUACCGCCGUGCGGGCGCUUCGUGCGAAAGGGAGUCUGCCGCGCGGGGCGCGGCUGCAGGUGGGACCACCCGGAGACGGACGUCAACUCGAAGGGCCACCCCCUGCGGCCAGGCCAGAAGGCGUGCGCGGCCUACCGCCGCACGCAGUGCUGCAAGUUCGGGGCGCUCUGCGCCUUCGACCACCCGGAGCCCUCGAAGGCGUUGGAGGACCUGCCCGGCACGCUGCCGCUCGCGCUGGCGAGGGCGGCAGCGCAGCAGCAGCAGUCGCAGCUGCUGCUGCACCUGCAGCUGCUGCAGGAGCUGGGCAGCCUGCAGGACCCCGAGGCUAUGAAGAACGCGUGGAUGCGGUUCAGGUACACGUUUUCGCUCAACCUCUGAGUGUCCAGGCCGCCCAGAAGGAGCCUGAGUGGAUGGAGUCGGGUGACCGCGGGGGUCCUCCGCCCCAUCUGCUCCAGCCCCGUGUGGGUGGCAUCCAGAGUGCCAGACGUGCUGGACGGGGGCAGAGCGGAAGCCGAAA